ACUUCCGCUUGUGUCUCUCUCAUGACACUAAGUCCGCCUCUAUUGUCCGCCCAAUUUUUAUUACUCCGCCUUUCUGCUCUUUCAGCUAAUACUAGUGGAAUGUAAUUUUCAUAAUGAAGUCAGUUGUCAUGGCUUGGCUUUUAAAGUGUAUCUUCUUAUUUUUGUUUUGCAAAUCCGCAUUUUCGAUUUCAUUCCAUCUACCAGUUAAUUCUCGCAAGUGUUUAAGAGAGGAGAUCCACAAGAAUGUACUUGUUACUGGAGAAUAUGAAGUCAGUGAACAGCCUAGUAUCAAAACACAUCUUAAGAUAACAGAUUCUGCUGGACACAUUCUCUAUGCAAAAGAAGAUGCUUCUAAAGGAAAAUUUGCUUUUACCACAGAAGAUUAUGACAUGUUUGAAGUCUGCUUUGAGAGCAGGUACCCAAUGGUCUUCCUUACAGAGUCUACCAAUACCAGAGUGCUGUAUUUCAGUAUUUUUUCCAUGUGCUGUCUAAUCGGUCUGGCCACCUGGCAGGUCUUCUACCUUCGGCGCUUCUUCAAGGCCAAAAAGCUGAUCGAGUAAACAUGGGGGAAAAAAAUGGAAAUGUCCAGAGCGCUGAGAACUGUAGUCAACCUCCCUUGAAGGACCUGACAUUGUACCAUCAGUUUUGUAAAAUUGGCAGACAAAUCUAAAUAAGAGGAAAACAAAAACAUCACGAGACAAAACUAGACUGUAAUUUUUGUUGGUGGUUUGAGUUAAAGGAAGAUUGCAGUGCACAGAUGGAAGAGUGACAGCACUGUGAAGGCAACAUGUUUAGCCCUUGAUUGACACUCAUUUGAUGCCCUUUAGGUCUUUUAGCUUUUAUGAUAGUGAAAGGGGUCUGUUGGUAAAGACUACUACCAGACUAAGGUUGAAAGCAUGCAGUUUGGUGCUCUGGAGUAGCAUUGUGUAGGUAGGUAUGAUGCAGGUCCAGCUUCUCACAGUAUGGCAUUGUUGCAAGGUGCAACAAGGUUAUUUAAUGUUCCAUAUUUUUGACCUAAAAGGCAGUUUCAUUUGAAGCAGUUUUAGUGCUUUCAAGAAAGCAAGACAUGUUUGCUAUAACACUUUUGCAGGAAUAAUUUGUGUUGUGAAACCUGUGUGUAUAAUUCUCCCCAUCCCAGUUAUUCUUUAGCCUUGUAUUCCAUAGAAAUGUUUAUGCUUGCCACUUCGCUGGAUAUUAGCAAGACUGCCUGCACCCCAACUUUUAUACUCCCACCUAUUUAUCUUUUUUAUGAAGAAGGCAAAGUAUGUUGCUUGUCUUCACAGUGUAAAUAUUGUUGAAACUCUUGUUUACUUUUAGUUCUGCACUGUAACAAGAUUUACAAGCUUUGUAAGAUUUAUUCCCAAACUGCUAAGUCCACUGACCUCUUGAUCAUCUGCUAGAUUAUGACACUGUGGUCCUUUUAAGUGCUGUGACCCCUCCAUGUGGUUAAGCCCCACACCUUACCAUGCCAGUGGAGUUUUUAUGAAAAUGUAUUAUAUGUAAUUAUCAGUUUUUUGGUACCAUUUCUGAUGCCAUGUAGAAGGUGCACAAAAGUGGAAGAUGCUUCUGAACUUUCCUCUAUUAAAGUUGUUAAUUAAAA